AUGCAAUGCAAGGUCCUGGACGAGGCACAUCACUGCAAGGACGAGCAUCCGUACGCCCAAGUGAUGGCCAUGUACAACGCCAACGUCCCCAAAGACGCUCCCACCCCCCAACCGCGGGUGCUCGCGGUCACCGCUUCACCGGCCAGCGAGAGGGACAUGAGCGCUCUAGACCGGCGCAUGGCGGACAUGUUGUCCCGACUGCGAGCCAGGCUCCACUGCAUCUCUGAGGGAGAUCCGGAGGUGGCGGAGGUGCUGCCCAACCCGGCCAUUGAGAUGCGAGUCGCCAUGCGGUCUGUGGACAGGGACAUCAUCACGAUGCUACAGGCCCUUAUCGCCGCCGUGGAGAACAGCGCCUCCAACUCCAAGUAUUUGGUGACGCGGCUCGACCCGCUUGGACAGUGGCUGUCGAAGGGUCGCGAAGUCGCUGAUAAAUAUAGAUGUCCAAAUCUGGAUCUCAUUUGCCGAUUUCUGGACGUCCUUAGAAAGGCCAUCGAGCUAGUGGAGGACGCGGGCUUCGAAGGCGCCUUGCCAUUCCUCGGCCGAAAAGCUGUCGUACUUUGCCAGGGUGAGGUCGAAGCCCACGGUGGCAUCGGAAUAAACGAUGGCGGCGGCCGCCAAGUGCCGCUUGCCCACCCCGCCAGCGAGUUGCGUACGGCAAUGUUUGAGGCGGCGGCGGCGGCGGCGGCGGCCGCUGCCACCUCCAGCUUUAAAGGCGCUUCCACAGCCGCCGCUGGCGGCAGCGUCAUGCCACAGAUGCUGUCCUCCCUGGAAGCGGCGGCGGCGGCGCUGCCGACGGUGUACGACCGCAGGACGGCAGCGUUGAGGGGCCCCGCGGCGACUGGCUCCACAGCGACAGCAAACAGCUGCCGUGAUGUCUACCUCCGAGUUUCCAAGUUGUUGAAGGACCUGCUGACUGGUCCAUGUCACCAGGUGUUGCUGAAAGAGGACUUUCUGGGCAGCUGCUUCGUGUCUGGAGAGCUCAAGGUGCUCCGGCUGGGGGUUGUGGGUUUGGGGGGGAAGGGAGGAGGCAAAGAAGGUGAGCGAAAGGGGGGGACUUGUUGCUUGCGUUGCUGGGGGGAGAGCGGACUGAGGGUUAUGGCGGUGUGGGAGGAGGAUACGUUCCCCAAGUUUUGGGCGCUCAUGGAGUACCUGCAGCGCUACCGGAAUAAACCGAACUUCCACGGGAUCAUCUUCGUGCGGACACGUCAGGAGGUUCUGGAGCUGAUCGGUCACAACAACACCACGGGGAAGCGCGCGGGUCUGGCCCCCGAGCAAGACCGCCACGGCCGCGGAAUGAGCGACACGCAGCAGCAGCAGGUGCUGAACCUGUUCAAGGAGACCGGCUGCAAGGUGCUGGUGGCCACCUCCGCUGCGGAGGAGGGCCUGGACGUGCCCUCGUGCGAGUUCGUGGUGCGGUACAACGCGGCGGCAACCGGUAUUCAGUUGCUACAGAGCCGGGGGCGAGCCAGGCAAAAGGUUGCGGAAUUCUGCGCCAUCUUGCAGGAGGGUACCCUGGACAACAACUUGCACGUCAAGAGCUACCAGGAGGAGGCGAAUAUGCACGAAUGGCACCGCCUCUACAUGGAGGUGACUCGUGGGUCAGCAGCAACGGGUGGUGCCGAUGCGUGACGACCGUAGCGGGCCUUCCAAGACAAAAUGGUCCCCGUCUAGAGAUCAGAAGUACGGGUGCUUUCGUUUAUGGACAGGGCCAACGUUGCGUUUAAAACACGAUUAUAAAGCGUGGUCGUGCAUAAUGCUUCGCAAAGCUUAUAUCUUUAUGCUUGAGCGGUUAUUGGGCGAUUAUCGUGGACCUUUACUUCCCUUUUUUUGUGACGUUGCGUGUCCAAGUAAUUUCUGUUGUGUUAUGUCUCGGGUUUGGAGGGAGUAAAGUGCAGAUAGGUCGAGUAGGUUUUGCACCGCAUUACAGCGCACCUGGUGGUGGUGGUGGUGGUCGUCAGCUUCGCUCUGUUGUCAAAUUUAGACAAGCACAGCAUAUGGAUAUGGAGGGGCGGUAUUGCGAGUUGGGGGACGACGCAAGUGCUCACUACUUCAAAGCGUACCGUCAAAACAUCAUAACACCAUCAUGACUAUGCAGACAUUUUUUCACACCUAAUGUUGCAUGUUCCGCUUGUUGUGAUGUUGUGAUUAUUGAUGGCUCAAGUACACUUUUAUGAUGCAUAAGCCUGGGAGAACAUAUUGUUGAGACUGAGAGGAGCAGCAGGGGAGAAGAGGUAGUAUUAAAAAGAGCGGGAGGGGAAACGAUUACGUGUAACUGGAUGUUAUCGUG